UCAAGUGAGCUUCGCUUCAAAAACAUAUCAGGUGAUAAUGUUAGUACCGAACGUGUACAGCUGUUACAUAGACCCAUUUUGUAUAAAAUACAACUAACGUCACAACACGUACACCGGAAGGGCUUAUUCUGCUGACUGUUCGCUGUUUCAUCAAAUCUCGUGUAAAUACGCGAGAAAUGCUUCCUGUGUGUGUGUCAGUUGUACAUUUACAUCAUGGAUGAUCGAUGGUGGAAUACGUUAACAUGUUGGUGCUUCUGGCUGACGUUUCCCUUCUCCUUUUAUCUCCAUUGUUUUGGAUUCUUCUCACCGACCUGGGUGAAAUGGAUAGGAUGUGGAUCGCAAGGUCUUUUCUACACUGUCAGUGAAAAUACAACGAAUACCUGUAUUAGCGAUGGAGAAUACUUAAGUCCGGCAGCUCUUGGUUUACAGGCUACAUCAUUGGUAAUAUACCCUAUGGCUCUGUGUUUGACUUGGGCGUGGAUUAAGAGUUCUGAGUUGACAUGGAUUUGGUUGCAGUUCACAAUCGUUCUCUAUGGAGUUGCAGGACUAUUCAGCCUGGUAGGGUGCAUCAUGGUAUGUACCAUAGACGCGGGGGCAUUCUCAUACGGCUUAGGUUUCUUCGCGUGUCUCAUCAACAGUGUCUACGUCCUGAUACAGGCUAUCAUAGCGUGUUACUGUCUUGGCAAGUCCGGUUAUACAGGUUCCGCUCACAGCGGCGUAUCUGUGGCCUCGGCGGCGUUGAAAGUCGUACUUAUGAACUUUGUGAAGAUGCUGUUUUGUAGUAACUUUAAAUGCGAAAGGAGACGGAAUAUCCAGCAUGGUGCAGAUGUUUAAGUUUUCGCUGGAUUAAGGACUAAUAAUGUGUCUAUGUUAAUCAAAAUGGAAAAAAACAUACUUCCAAAUCAUUAUUCUGUAACCUUGAAGACUUGAGAUAAAUGACAGAGAUAAUUUGUUUAUGUUUUCUAUUGAGAUUUUGGCAAAAAAACAACAUUUGAAGUAUAUUAAUAUGAGGGUUCAAUCAUCAGACAGAAUGUAAAUAUAAUUUAAUUAUCAUUCACACUUUAAGACAUGUUUGCUGGUUAUUUAAUUAAUUUUAUUAAAUAAUCUAAUUAACAGGAAUGCAAACUUAAUCACUUCUGAUUAAUUACUUUGAAAUAAACAUGUAACAGCACGGCUGAUAUUGUUUAUCCCUCGAAAACUUGUACAAAACGUUGUCUUUGGUGUAAUCAGGUAAGUACUUAACUAAUUGAACGAUGUAAAGAUACGUGUAUAUUUAGUGUAAUACGGUAAAACGGUUUUGUAUGGAAUUAUUAUUACAAUAAUAAAUAAAUAGUCGAUGAUCUGCCUCAGAGGACAGAGUUACUGUACACAUUCUUGCUUUCGCUCUUUGUUGUAUUCUCACAGAAGUGUUGACAUUGCUAGGUCUUCUUUACUGUAUCAAAUAUAUUCGUGGAUUUAAAUUUUACAAUGUAACAGUUGACAUUUUGAAUAAGGAAAUGAAAUAUUCUCAAGCAAUGUGUUUACUUUUUUUCUAAAGCAUAUAUACCGUUAUAUCUUGAAUGUUCAAGAACUUAAGUCUGCAGAUGACCUGCUCCAGGAGAUUAUCCAUGGGUUACAGUGUAUCUCCUACAUAAAAUCAAUAUUAAAAAAUAAAGAUGUCCAGGUCCAUUACCAACGUCAGGUACAUGUAACUAUCACUUGUUUUCAUCUGGAUAUUUAACGAUGUUAGAAAUAAAAC